AUGGACACGAUAAGCAUGAAGAUGAAGACAACACAACUCAUUGCAAUUCUAUGGUGGGUCGUGGCGAUGAUGGCCCUGCCAAUAUUGGCUCAUGGCAGCAUUGAUCAAAGUCCUGCAGCAGUUAAAAAAUGGUUCAAAGAGCUUCGACAUGCAAAGGAGAAAUUGACAAAGCUUCACUUCUAUGUUCAUGACAGGGUAACUGCAGAGAGCCCCACAUCUGUACUAGUUGCUCAAGCCAACACUACUAGCAAAUCACCCACGAUGUUCGGGGCAACCUACGUCUUCGAUGACCCGAUGACACUGGGACCUGAGCCCAGUUCCAAGAUCAUCGGUCACGCCCAUGGCAUAACCAGUUCGGCUUCGAAAGAGGAAGAUGCUUCACAAAUUGGCAUCAUGAACUUGGUAUUCAACGAUGGCAAGUUCAAUGGUAGCGCCCUUAGCGUUCUAGGUGAUUAUCCCUUCUUCCAGAAGUACAAGGAGAUGCCAAUAGUAGGUGGUUCUGGGGCUUUUCGAUUGGCCCGUGGAAUAGUUACAGCAAUAAUCCAUACUUACAAUGAUACCACCCAGAAUGAAAUUAUCGACUUCCACGUCCUCGUUCUGCAUUAUUGA